AUGAAGAAAUUGCAGCUGGUUUUCGUGCCCUGUCCUGGCAUGGGUCACGUCGUCUCCGCCGUCGAGUUCGCCAAGCUUCUCAUCAACCGCCAUCACCUCCUUUCCAUCACCGUCCUCAUCAUAAGAGCACCAUUUGAUCCCAACGUUCAAGCCUACACCCACUCCCUCACUUCUUCUCUUUCCUUCCCAGAACGUCUCCAGUUCACUCUCCUUCCUCCGCACCCUGACCCCACCAAAUAUCAGACACUUCAUUCAUCUUCCCUUAUGAACUCUCUCGUCGAAACCCAGAAACCCAACGUCAAAGACGCUGUGUCCAAACUCAACUCGGCAACCGACUCGCCUCGGUUGGCGGGAUUCGUUGUGGACAUGUUCUGCACAGCCAUGAUUGACGUAGCCACCGAGUUCAGGGUUCCUACCAUGGUGUUCUUCACCUCUAGUGCCGCUUUUCUGGGCUUCAAGCUUCAUAUCCACACGCUCCGGGAGCGAGACAACGUGGACACGACUGAGCUUAACUUCAAGGACUCGGGCACUGAGUUUGCCAUCCCGUGUUACGAGAACCGCGUUCCUGUCAGUGUUUUCCCCAGUGUUAUGUUCGACAGGGAUUGGACGCUGUUUUUUUUAAACAAUGCGAGCAGGAUAAAGAAAGCAAAGGGCGUAAUAGUAAAUACAUUCCAGGAGCUUGAACCCCAUGCACUUCACUCGUUCUCCAAAGGUGAUCUCACUGUCUAUCCCAUUGGACCGAUCUUAAAUGUAAUGGACACCAAAACGACGAUUACACAAAGAUCAGAUCAUGUGAUGGAGUGGCUUGAUGACCAACCUCCUUCAGCAGUUCUAUUCUUGUGCUUUGGAAGCAGGGGUUAUUUCGAUGAGCAGGAUCAAGUGACAGAAAUCGCAAGGGCUCUGGAAAGAAGUGGGGUGCACUUCCUGUGGUCUUUACGGAGGCCGCCGCCCAAGGGAUCGGCGUUCGAAGUGCCGAAAGAUUACUCAUUCUCAGAGCUGGAAGAAGUGUUACCGGAAGGAUUCUUAGAGCGGACGGCUGAGAUUGGAAGAGUCAUAGGGUGGGCUCCACAGCCCCAAAUUCUGGCUCACACAGCAGUUGGGGGUUUUGUGUCGCAUUGUGGGUGGAAUUCCAUACUGGAAAGCAUAUAUUACGGGGUGCCAAUAGCCACGUGGCCGCUUUAUGCGGAGCAACAGCUGAAUGCGUUCCAAGUGGUGCGUGAGUUGAAGAUAAGUGUAGAGAUCUGCAUGGAUUACAGGGAUGAGUCUGAUGCUACUGUGGGCAAAUCGGGGGUGAUAAGUGCCGAGAGAAUAGAGAAAGGCAUAAAGGAAGUGAUGCAGAAGGAGAGUGAGGUGAGGAAGAAGGUGAAGCAUAUGAGUGAGAUGAGUCGGAGGGCUUUAAUGGAGGGUGGAUCUUCCUACUCCUAUGUGGGACGCUUUAUCCAUGACAUACUGAACUGGAAGUGAAAUAAUUGUCAUUGGGUCAAUUACGUGAGUUAAAAUUGGAUUCCUAUUUUUUAACGGUAUCAUAUACUUUAAGGAUCUGAUCUGGGUUUCCAUAUUCAUUCCCGUAUGAUUUGGGUUUCUCGUUUUUCAUCCCUUAUAUUGCUGA